GAGGAUUGCAAGAACAGUUCCUGUUUUGUUUUGUUAGGAUUGCUUAAGCAAGUCGUUGUUAUAGGAAGGCAAAGGCCACUCUGUGGUGUGCACGGUUCCAUUUCUUGGAUGGAUAAGUUUGCUUUUCAGUUCCUUCCAGUUUUUGUCCCACCUUUGUUGGGCAUCUUUCUGGAUGCUUUGUGUUUUGUUUUGUUUUGUUUUGUUUUAAAGGAAAACAACAACCUCUCUCAUAUUCUUACUUCAAGUUGUCUUGAUGUUUUUGUGCCUCCUCCACACCUCACAGGGCUGGACUCUCUUAACCUCAGUUUGGUGAGUUCCUGUUACCCCAGUCUUAUUAAACUGGUUCCCAGCCUUCUGCUAGGGCUAAAGGCUUCAGAGCUGAAGUCAGAGGCACUGCAACUUCCAACCCAUAGGAAGGAAGACCUUAUGGGCCAGCUCAGGGUGAGCGCUGGGAACGCCCCCAGGUCCCUCUGUCAGUGUGUGUCUGCCCUGCCUGGCCCCUCGGCAGCAGCUCGCAAGCAAUCUAAAUUGCUUUCCUGGAUUCCACUACUGGACUUGCCCCCUGAAGGCGCUGGAGGGAGCAGCUGCUCUGGCAAGCACCCCUUGCUAGGGCAGGUGAGGCACAGAAGCAUCGAGAGCGACCGGAUAUUGUAGGGAAGAGGCCACUGUGCGCACAGGCAGGAGACCCAAACAAGUCUGUCCUUGGUGCGAGUUGGGGGCCGGAAGGGAGCUCUGGAUUUCGGUCCCUCCCCUUUUCCCUGCUCUGUCUUGGAGCCCUGGGGCCAUCAGACCCUCCGACUGUCUGGUACCUGCCUGGAAGAGAUACCAUCUCUCCACACCCUCCACCAUGGACAAUUUUCUUAAUGACUCCAAGCUAAUGGAGGACUGCAAGAGUCGUCAGUGGCUCCUUUCGGGGGAAAGCCCAGCCAUCAGCUCGGUGAUGUUCUCGGCCGGGGUUCUGGGGAAUCUCAUCGCACUGGCACUGUUGGCGCGCCGCUGGCGUGGGGACACCGGGUGUAGCGCCGGCAGCAGGACCUCUAUCUCCUUGUUUCACGUGCUGGUAACGGAAUUGGUGCUCACUGACCUGCUGGGGACCUGCCUCAUCAGCCCGGUGGUGCUGGCUUCAUAUUCAAGAAACCAGACCCUGGUGGCCCUGGCUCCCGAAAGUCGCGCGUGUACCUAUUUCGCUUUCACUAUGACCUUCUUUAGUCUGGCCACGAUGCUCAUGCUCUUCGCUAUGGCCCUGGAACGCUACCUCUCCAUCGGGUACCCUUACUUCUACAGGCGCCACUUAUCGCGCCGCGGGGGUCUGGCGGUGCUGCCUGUCAUCUAUGGGGUCUCCUUGCUCUUCUGUUCCCUGCCGCUGCUCAACUACGGGGAGUACGUCCAGUACUGUCCUGGGACAUGGUGCUUUAUCCAGCACGGGAGGACUGCAUACCUUCAGCUGUACGCCACGAUGCUCCUGCUGCUUAUCGUGGCUGUGCUCGCCUGCAACAUCAGCGUUAUCCUCAACCUCAUUCGCAUGCACCGUCGGAGCAGAAGAAGCCGCUGCGGAUUGUCUGGAAGUAGCCUAAGAGGCCCUGGAUCUCGCAGGAGAGGAGAGAGGACUUCGAUGGCAGAGGAGACAGACCACCUCAUUCUCCUGGCCAUUAUGACCAUCACCUUCGCCAUAUGCUCCUUGCCUUUCACAAUCUUUGCCUAUAUGGAUGAAACCUCUUCCCUAAAAGAAAAGUGGGACCUCCGAGCUCUUCGGUUUUUAUCAGUUAACUCUAUAAUUGAUCCUUGGGUCUUCGCCAUACUUAGGCCACCGGUCCUGAGAUUAAUGCGCUCAGUCCUCUGUUGUCGGACUUCACUGAGAACACAAGAAGCUCAGCAAACUUCCUGUUCUACCCAGUCCAGUGCCAGUAAACAGACUGACCUUUGUGGACAGUUGUGAGGAUGCGCUUCACGAGGGAACCUCUGAAGAAGUCUUUAAAUAGCCUCAUUGGAGAAAUGUAAAGGGCUGGAAUAGAAACAGAAUAACCUUGCCCUGAGAAGCAGAUGAAACAGACUUUAUGAGGUAGUUUGGGCUGCAGAUGUGAUGACAGAGCCCUUUGUGGAAAGUGUCAGAGGAUAUAUAGUUCACAUUAUGUGACCUUUGAAGGACAAUUGGCUGCGUCUAAGACCCAGUUGAUUUAAGCUUUCCUGUUGAGUGACAAAGCAUGUGGUUUUGUAAUUCGUUUUAAAAUGCUACAUGGUUACUGUUUUAAUUUUUAUGUCACUGCUGUUAUAAACGCAGUCAGACCAAAUGAAACUCAUUCUCUAGGAAGUCAACUCAUGGAAGCGAUGAAGCAACCAGAGCAGACAAGUUGCUGUCUCGUGAUUGCUUAAUGGACUCUUUAUUUGGACCAUGAAGUUGAAUGCCCCUUUUACUGUGCGUGUUCAUGUGGGAGUCCUCUCUGGUAACUACUGUGCCACCCUUAAAAGGAUGCACUGAUUUGGUUAAUGCCAGUUAAUCCUUUAGGAGCUCUGUCUUGUUGUCAGAUUAUUUAUUCUGUCUUGUCUAUUGUGAGAAGGCUACUGAAGAAAACUUCAGAAAUUUGUGUCUCACAAAGGAUUAAUUAAAAAAAUCAAUUUUA